CGGCUAAAAUAUAGUCUGCCGUGGAUCGUCGGACCGUUCAGUCUUUUCCCGUUCGAACAGUGUUCUCCGAUCUGUGAGGUUGCUCGCACACCUAUUUUUUAAUUCCUUUAAGUUAAUAAAUCCAAAAGCACAAAUUCAAAAUGGCUGAUGAUGAGAAAAAAGCAGCACCAGCUCCAGCACCCGCAGCUGCAGCUCCAGCGCCUGCAGCUGCACCAGCAGCAGCGCCUGCACCGGCGGCUGCGCCAGCUGCCGCACCAGCGGCAGGAGCAGCACCAGCAGCUGCCCCAGCGGCAGGAGCGGCGCCAGCUGCUGCCCCAGCCGCCGGAGCUGCUCCUGCCGCAGCACCAGCCGCAGGUGCCGCGCCCGCAAAAGGCGCUGCACCAGCUGCCGCCGCUGCACCCGCCAAGCCAGCCAAGCCGCUCGAUCCCAAGGAGGAGGCAAAGAAGGCUAAACAGGCCGAGAUUGAGCGCAAGCGUGCUGAGGUGCGCAAGCGUAUGGAGGAAGCCUCCAAGGCUAAGAAGGCCAAGAAAGGUUUCAUGACCCCAGAAAGGAAGAAGAAGCUUAGGUUGUUGCUCCGUAAGAAAGCCGCUGAAGAGCUGAAGAAAGAACAAGAACGCAAAGCCGCUGAGCGUAGACGCAUCAUUGAAGAACGUUGCGGUAGCCCCAGAAAUCUCAGCGACGCCAGUGAAGGCGAAUUACAAGAGAUUUGUGAAGAGUAUUACGAGCGUAUGUAUAUAUGUGAAGGCCAGAAAUGGGAUCUGGAAUACGAAGUCAGGAAAAAAGACUGGGAGAUCAACGAUCUCAAUGCCCAAGUUAACGAUCUGCGUGGCAAGUUCGUGAAACCAGCCUUGAAGAAGGUGUCCAAGUAUGAAAACAAAUUCGCCAAGCUCCAGAAGAAGGCCGCUGAGUUCAACUUCCGUAACCAACUUAAGGUUGUAAAGAAGAAGGAAUUCACAUUGGAGGAGGAAGAGAAGGAGAAAAAGAUAAAAGAUGCUACAUUAAAAUCAACAAUAAAAAAGUAAAAAACCCGACUGGUCCAAGGGCAAACCCGGUGAUGCUAAGGAACACGCCCCCGAAACACCAGCAUAAAUGGGCGUCAACUAAUAUUGCAUCAUCGCCUCGGAUAGUGUUUUUGGCAUUGCAUCUGUUAAAAAAACACCAACUACGAGCAAUACAUAUUUAUAUUUAAAGCUAAAUGUUUAUUAAGUCAAAAGAUAACGAAACAAAAUAUUAGGAAAGCCCGUUUUAUUAUAAUAAUUUAACAACUUUACCAUCGAGCAAGAAUGGAACUGGCAACUGCAGUGUACGAGUAAAACAGCGAUUUCGUGGGAAGGCUUAAAAACGAGUCAUUUUUUCUGUGGCAGGAUACGGA